GCAUUAUAUAUAGACGGGAUUGUUGCUCCUUCACUAAGCGAGAGCACCUCCUGCUAAUGCCUGAUCCAUUCCAUACGUUGGGAGAUCAACUGACAGAUGCCAUUCCCUACGUUGGGCCCCACUAUCAUAACACUUUCGUCCAACUAGUUGCGUGUGAAACGUCACAGAUGCACACAUGUACAAGGAUGUUCACCAGGAACUAUUUGGACAGCAAGUUAUCCUCCAACUAGCACAUAAUUUACAAGUAGUUGGUUUUUCCCCCUUCACAGAAUUUGCUUUUUGUUUUUAAAUAUCUGUUUGCUUCUUUACUUAAUUUAUAUAGAAAUACCAUUUGGGAUUGUCAUUCUUAUGUGUUUGUCUAUUUUUCCCAUAAAAAAACAUAUUUGGGAUUGAAAUGUUUUAUAUAUGUUUCUUUUCUGAUGUGGGGUUAAGGGUUAUCUGCUUGACAUUGCUUUCUUUUAAUAAUUUAUCCCAAUAUAAUAAUCUUUAUUUGUUUCUGUUCCUUUCUUAGGUUGAAGCAGAGGAACAACCUGAGAUUUCGGAGUCGUAUUUGGUUUCAGUAGUCCCUUAUUUCGCCUUUUGUAAAAUGGAAAGCGAGGGUCUUUCCAAUACCCCGUCCCCGGCCCCGGGUGGUCGGUCAAUUACAUCACCGAUGAUCCUUGAAGAUGAGGGAUUAGGUCUUGAACAUGAAGAGGUGCCCGUCGACAUUGAUACUAGUACCACACAGUCUCAUGUUGCGGGAAAAAUGAAAAAGAGGUCGGCAGUGUGGGACGAUUUUGAAGAAGUAACCCUGAAGAAUGGCCAAGUGAAGAUACAAUGUAAGCACUGUAAGAGUCAGUACGCUAAGCAAUCAGAUGGGUCAACCACAACGUUGAAGAAACAUAUUUCAAAGUGUCAGAAAAAAAUGAGAAGUGCGGCAACGCAACAAACACUUUCAUUUUCACAAUCUGCAAUGGGUCCAUUGGUGUCCAUCUACAAGUACGACAAGGAGCUGGUGAAUGAGUUGACGGCCAAGUUAAUUAUUACAGAUGAAAGACCAUUUCAGAUGGUAGAGAGUCCUGCUUUUGUUGGACUAGCCAGAUGCCUUAACCCCAAAUACGAGAAGGUCUCUCGUACAACAAUCAAGAGGGUGUGUAUGAAGAUAUAUGAAGGCGAGAAGGUUAAGUUAAAAAGAGAGUUGGUAACGCAAGCGAUUUCCCGAAUUAGCCUAACAUCAGAUUUGUGGACGGCAUCCAAUCAACGAAAGGGGUAUAUGUCCCUAACUGCUCACUACGUUGAUGCUGAAUGGAGGCUUUGCAAGAGAAUAAUAAACUUUCGUUAUCUGGCACCUCCUCAUAGUGGUUUGAUGAUUUCAGACUGCAUACACAGAUGUCUUAUGGAGUGGGGAAUUGAGAAGAAGAUCUCCACAAUUACUCUAGAUAAUGCCUCUGCAAAUGAUAGCGUGAUAAUGAAUUUGCGUAACCAGUUUAGGGCCACCAGUGACUUGUAUUUUGGUGGAAAGAUAUUUCAUGUUAGGUGUUGUGCCCACAUCUUAAACUUGAUUGUACAAGAGGGCCUUAAAACAAUCGAUCCCACCAUCGAGAAUAUAAGAGAAAGUGUGAAGUACAUACGGGGGUCACCUUCACGAUUACAUGUAUGGAAUGAGAUCGUGAAGCGAUUGAAUUUGUCAACUCAGAGAACGAUGAAGUUGGACGUCACGACACGCUGGAAUUCAACUUUUGAAAUGUUGGAUUCAGCGAUAGAUUUGAGACUUGCAUUCUCUCACUAUGCACAGCGUGAUAGUGCGUAUGUUUGGCUGCCUUCUGAAGAUGAUUGGUCAGUAGCUGAAUCAGUUCGUAAGUUCCUUUUUGUUUUUUACAACAGCACAAAGAAAUUUUCGGGCAGUAAGUAUCCAACAUCAAAUAUAUUUUUGCCUGAACUUUGGAAGGUAAAAGAUGCCUUGCACAAAGGCAAUACUGGACAAGACUUUUUACACUUUAUGACCAUGGGUAUGCAAGUAAAGUUUGAUAAAUAUUGGUCUGAGUGUAGUCUGGUAAUGGGUGUUGCGGUCGUUCUUGAUCCUCGAUACAAGAUGAUUAUGAUUGACUUCAUAUGUAGUAAGUUGUAUGGUGCGAUGGGUGUUGCUGAGGCCGAAAAGAUUUCUGAUGCGGUCAGUGAAUUGUACAAUUUGUAUGUGUGCACGGCAAAAGAACAAUCUUCUCAUGUGGGUUCUAGUUCCGCAGUUGAUGAAUCGCAAGAAGACACAAUAGAUGAUUUCAUGUCUUACUAUGCACAGCGGAAAGGGACUCAAAUACGAAUGCCUAGAUCAGAACUUGAAGAGUAUCUCAAUGAGGAUCUUUUAGUUGUAAAAUCCAAAGGUGAUGAUUUUGAUAUUUUGGAGUGGUGGAGGACAAAAUCCGGUAAUUUACAGUACCCUGUGCUCUCAUUAAUGGCACGUGAUAUAUUAUCAAUUCCAAUUUCAACUGUGGCUUCAGAAUCUGCUUUUAGUACAGGGAGUAGGGUCGUAAGCAAGUAUAGAAGCUCACUUACACCCGAAUCGGUUGAAGCGCUCAUUUGUAGUCAGGAUUGGCUGCGUCCAAUGUGGGGGAAAGAGAACUCUGUUGAUGAGGAGUUCGAUGAAGAGGAGAGUGAGAAGAUAGAUGAGACAGUGCCUGCAACUGCGAUGUGAUUUUGAUGCAUUUUAUUUCUGUUAUUUAAUGUUAUUUGUAAUUUUGUUAAAACAGUUACAUUGUAAUUUUAUGGUUAUGGCUUAUGGGUGGAGCCAACCUUUCGGUUGGACUUGAGAUCUAUUGUAAUUUUCUAUUUUCAUGUUUUCAUGUCCACACGAAAUGUGGAUUAGAUGAUAAGUUCAAAUCCAUGU